AAUGUUCUCCAGAGAGACCACUUGAUAAACAUCCAAAAGGAAAAGGACGGCAGUCUAAUACUAAUCAGCAUCAAGAAAUGUACAAAAAUGUAGGAUAUAACCAACACUCAAACCAGUAUCAAAGAUUUAACCAACCCCAAAACAAAUAUCAAGGAAGACCUCAAGGAAUGCAUGCCAAUCAAGGGUAUAACCAGCAACCACACCAAUAUCAAAGAUUCAACCAACAACCAAUCCAGUAUCAAGGAAGACCAAAUGGAAUGUGUGCCAAUCUUGGGUAUAACCAACAACAAAACCAGUUUCAAGGUAACAACCAACCCCAACACCAGUUUCAUGGAUACAACCAACCACAUCAACCACAACCGUAUAGUCAGGGGUUAGAAGGAAUGAUGCCACCACCAUUACUACCAGCACAAUAUAUAAACCAGUCUCAACAGAAUGUCACUGUUCAGGUUCAGGUUCAGGUUCCCUCCGGCUCACAUUCAGGUCAAGGACUUGCACCUAACCCUCUAGUGAUGCCAGAAGAUAGAGGAAGAGUCAGAGGUCCAAAAAUAGGGAAAGGUGGACAUGGCUUUAAUGAAAAUAAACAUGAAAAAUUGGAAGACGAGAAUGCUCUUGAAAAUCAAAAAAAGAGGGGUAAUGGUAGAGAUAGGGGUCGUGGAAGAGGUGGUAAACGUCAGCUUGAGAGAAAAAAUGAACAUGAAGAUGGAGAAAUAUCUGGUGUUGAUGAUAUUGAUGUUUUCAAAUUCUUGAUCAAAUCUUUUGGUGGAGGUUGUACUUUCGAAGACUUUUUAAGGCGUUGUGAACUUUUUCCUAUGGGCUCUAAUAUAUGUUCGUGGUUUAAAAAGCAUAGUAGAAGAUUUCAUGUUUUCUGGGACGAAAAUGAUAUUGUUUAUAUCCAGCCAUUUUAUCAAGAGGCCAAAAUCUGCACCCCAUGGAACAAUAAACAACAUCCAGGUCAAUGUCAGAAUUCCUCUUGUGAUUUUUUUCACAUCUGUCGUCGCUUCAUUAGAGGCAGUUGUAAAGAAAGCAGUUGUCCCCUGUCUCAUAGUUUUAGAAAUCCACACAAUCGGCAUUUAAAGAAUAAACUGGGAAUCAGCGAUUUUAGUGAAGUUGAUAUCAGAGUUAUCCUUAAUUGUAAUUCUCUGUCAAUUUGUGCAGAUUAUAUUUACAAUGAUGGUUGUAAGGUUGAAAAUGGAGAAAAAAGAUGCCCACACCUACAUUUUUGUGAGAAAAAAAUAUUUGGAAAUUGCAAAGAUCAAUGCAAGAAAACUCACUCUAUCACUCAGUUUCACAACAAAUGGGUUCUUGGAUCAUGGAAUAUGAGUAGAUGGCAAGAGGUACGAGUAUUGAAGUCUAUAAAUGUACCACCAAGACAAAGAAAAGAAAAUGACAACAAUUCUGAUGAUUCUGACCUCAGUCAACACGAAGACGAUGCGGUAGAUACCAGUAUUAGAUAUGAUAGUGAUGUCAGGGCCAGUAGUGAAGGUCUUUCUAGUACUGCAUCAUGUGAUCCAAAAUUCAAACAGCUGAUCAUUUCUGGUGAAAGUCGUAGUAUAGAAGAUGUAAAGGAUAGGAGAAAGAUGAAACCUGUAUGCAGUGAAAGAUUCAAAUCAUCAGAAGAUAGCAUUUGUGGAAUUGUAGGAAAAGACGACCAGUGUCUUCCUAAAGUAUCUGCACCACAAGAAAAAUACGAUGCUGAUGAUAACAUCACAAAAGAUGGGAUAAUAAUGAAAAAGAACAAACAGGAAAAACAGGGUGCCACUUCUAGUAAAGUUGUAAAGCCAAAGCCCCCACCAAAACUUUCAAAACUGACUCCAUCUGAUCCAGAUUAUCAGGAAAGAAACCCUGAUUUGUUAAAGGAUGAAACAGAAAUUUCUGAAAUCUGCAUUUUCGUGUCUAAGGAUAAAUGUCCGUCUGCAUCCUGUAAGAAUCUGCAUCUGCCUAGUGGCAUUCCUUACUUGUGGCAAAUAAGGCAAAUAAAAAUGUUUGGCAAAUGGUUUUCUCUAACAUUGGCAGAGAACGAGAAAAUAGAGAAAGGUUACUGUGAUCUACUAGAUGAAGUGAAGUACAAUGGCAGUAAAUACAGUUAUCAUAUUUGGUUCUCAAAGAUGCAGGCCAUAAUUUGUGAUGUUGAUGGUCAACCUGCCAUUGGCGAUAAUAAGCAUGACCAGUGGUGUAAUGUUAGACGUCUGAGUACCCCAUCCUUCACUGAGAAGAAAAUGAUGGUUGAUAGUUAUCCGACACAAUGGAGAUGGUACUGGAAAGAUGACAGUGAAAAAUGGAACAUGUACAGUAAGGAUGAUCUCACCCUUGAGAGGAAGUAUCAGACUAAAAAGAAGACUCAUUUGUAUACCAUGGAGAACAACCAUAGUGUGUACAUGAUAGAUUUCCAGAAGAUGAUCCAGGUUAACGUCGAAACAGAUAGAAAACAAAAUAUUACCAGACGUCCACUGUUUGUGUCGAAAGAUGAUGUUAAUGAGAAAAAAAUUGAAAAAAACUACGUCCCACCUAAACGAGUGUCCAGUUAUCCGAAUGCUAAAGGUUACUCGGAUCAUUACAAACACCUUGUCGACGAUGAUGACGAUUUAUAUAAAGGUAGUGAUUUUGUUUACAUGGAUAAGAGUUUGGUUCCACCGAAGGCUGAUAGUAGUGAUGGACACUAGGAUGAAGACGAGUCUGAUUUUAUUGACAUGGAUGAGAGUUUGGUACCACUGAAGGCUGAUAGUAGUGAUGGCAUCUCGGUUGUAGACGAGUCGGAUAAACUUUCUAAUUGUUGAUGAUAUUGUGAAGUAUUCUUUGCAUUUUGUGCUUAUAUUAAUUUUAGCUCUAUUUAACCACUCAAAUAAUUGUUCUUUCUUUCGUUUUGCUCAUGUAGCUGGUCACCUGUUGUGGUGCUUAUACACUAGCCAUUCGCUUUAAAAUAUUCACCGUUUUGUUUUUUUUAUCGUUAAUCACAAAUGUAAUUUCUUGCAUCCUAUUUUCAUUAUCUCUUUGGAUCUUUUCAUUAAUAUUUUAUUUUUUUCUUUAGUUUUUGAACUUUAUGCUUUUAUCACAUGAUGAUACCUCUCAAUAUGUUAAGUGGUUAAUACAUACUUGUGUGCAAUAGGUGUGUCAUGUAAUGUAAAUAUAGACAGUUUUAUAACAACAUUAGUAAAGAGUUGUAAAAUUA